ACGAGAGAUAAAUGAGAAAAAGAUGAUAGAGCCGAGACCUAAAUCAGUCAAAAUCAACCCAAAAUGCUUUACCUCCACACCACAACACCAGCACACCAGGACGCCACACCACCACAACUCACACCACCACAAACACUCACUACCCACACAACACCACAAAAACACACAAAAAUGGCGCCAAAAACUCAGAAUCAAUAAGAACAUUUUGGGGCGAGAGUCACAACAAUGGCUGUCAUGAUGGCGAAUAAAGAUUUUGUGGUGUUUUCCCGGCCCGGCUCCUGUGGGGGAUCUGUAGCUUGCCGGUCCAACGCACACGCCCCUGCCACGCCGCCCACGCCCCUUGCCGCCCCUCCACGCCCACACGGAGAGAGCAAAGCAAGGCGGCGGUGAAUCUGAGGGCGAAAUUUUAAAGAUUUUGCCUCCAUUUAUGUUUAUUUUGGCGUUUGGUGACUUUUUGUUGAGUUUUUGGUGUACCGCGUGGCUGUCCCCGCUCUGGCCAGCUGGUGGUGAGUGGUGAGGCCAGCUGGACCCACACUGCACCGGGACAGCUGGCAAGGCAGUGAUGGAGGAGGCUGAGUUUGCGGAGUUCUCCAAGCCGGUGCACCUGCAGCGGCUGGAGCAGGCACUCAAGCUGGACCCAUUCCUUAACUAUGUGGAGAGUGUCCUCAGCCAACCCGUCAGUGAUUAUGACACAGCAUCUGAAUCUGAGGUGGAGAGUGGCACUGUGGCACUGAGAAAUGGCAUCCCAAGAACUAAGAAGCGCGAGAACGACAAAUCCCAUCUUUACAAUUUCAACUUUGUCCGACGGAAACGACAAUGGCUAAAGAACAUCCUCGUGUCCUCCUCCUCCUCCUCCUCUUCCGACUCGGAGGAGGAGGAGGAGGAGAGGGGGAGGGAGGAGGAGGAGGAGGAGGAGGAGGGGCAGAGGCUAACAUCGUCUGACCUGGAGGAGAUGCUGAGGGAACACUGCCUCAGGAAACACCACCAGUCACACUUCUACCAGAGUGAAGAGAACCGCGGGUACCUAUACUACAGUGCCGGCAUGUUGUCCCGCGUCGACAAGUACCCGGACCACCAACGGUUCAUGGCCGGGACACGGAGGAAGAAGAACAAGGAGAAGAGAGAGAAGGAGAGGCUCAGGAGGGUGAAGAAGGAGGAGGAGGAGGAGGAGGUGGAGCCAGAGAGUCCUGCAGCCCAGAAUGAGGACAGUUUGCACAGCUUCCCUGACGACACCUCUGAUGACCUUGCAGCGCCCCCGGUCAAGGUCGCCAGGGGUCGCGGCAUCAGGAGGGACAGAAAACACAAGAAAUUAGACGCCCAGGCCCUGACAAUGCGGAGACACAAGCUAUGGGUGAUGAUGGCCAAGAAGGAAGUUGGUCGUUGCCAGAAAUCGAAGGCGUCGUUCCGCAAGGAGGUGCUGCAGAACUGUAAACGUGUCGCCACUGGGUGUAUGCGUGUGUGUCGACAGAAGGCCCUGCAGAGCCAGAAGACAGUGAAGGACAAGGUGUGGCUGCUCAAGAGGCUGACACGAACAAUGCAGGCCGAGUGGAAGAAGUUUGACCGCAUUUUGAAGGAACAGAAUAGAAGGGCGGAGAAGGAGGCGGAGGAACAACGGAAAAUGGACAAGGAGAUUCUGGAGGCCAAGCGUCAGCAGCGCAAGGUGAACUUCCUGAUAACACUGCCGGAGCUGUACGCACACUUCAUGAAGAACAAGAUGGGGUCGGCCUCGCUGGACGACGAGGACACCAGCACCAUCCUCAAGCAGCUGGAGGACGACUCUUCACUGCCCCCCUCGUCCUCAUUCACUGCUGAUGAUUACGAUUGUGAAGCCAUGAAGGUCCAGGCACUGAAGACAGCACAGGAAGCUUACUCACUGCAACAGGCCAAGCUCAACCUCUUCUCCGGCUCCCAGGGCAAGGCCGGCGGGGGCCUGGGUGGUGGCGGUGGUGGUGGUGGUGGUGGUGUUGGUGUGAAGGAAGCCAAGGAACACCCCCAGCCUCGGUGUUUUAAUGGUGUUCUCAAGAGUUACCAGCUCAACGGAAUGAAUUGGCUGGCUAAUCUGUACUAUUUUGGAAUCAAUGGCAUUCUGGCAGACGAGAUGGGGCUGGGCAAGACAGUGCAAUCCAUCGCCUUCCUGGCACACAUCUGCGAACAGUACGACACCUGGGGGCCCUUCCUCAUCAUCACACCUGCCUCAACUCUGCAUAACUGGACUGGAGAGAUUGCAAGAUUUGUCCCUGAGUUUAAGGUGGUUCCAUACUGGGGUAAUCCGGAGAGAGGAAGAACUCUGCGGAAAUUCUUUGAUGGUAAGAAUUUGGGUUCGAAGGAGGCAAGUUUCCAUAUUGUGGUGACCAGUUACCAGAUCGUCAUUCAGGAUUUCAAGUUCCUCAACAGACUCAAGUGGAAUUACAUGGUGCUGGACGAGGCACAGGCCAUCAAGAGCAUCAACAGCCAGAGAUGGAAGCUGCUGUUGGGAUUCAGCUGUCGGAACCGCCUGCUGCUGUCCGGCACACCAAUACAGAACAGCAUGGCGGAGUUAUGGGCCCUGCUCCACUUUAUCAUGCCCACCCUGUUUGACUCCCACCUGUGGUUCAACGAGUGGUUUAGCAAGGACAUCGAGGGACACGUGGAGAACAAGACACACGUGGAUGAAAAACACCUCAACCGCCUGCACAUGAUUCUCAAGCCCUUCAUGUUGAGGAGAGUGAAAACUGAGGUGGAAAAUGAACUCACGGACAAAAUUGAGAUCAUGAUGUACUGUCCACUAACGCUGCGGCAAAAGUUCCUGUACAACGGCCUGAAGAACAAGAUCAGCAUUGACGAGCUGCUGCGUUCAUCCAUGGGGCCGUCAUCACAGCAGUCGUCUGUCACCUCGUCUCUCAUGAACCUUGUUAUGCAGUUCAGGAAGGUGUGCAACCACCCUGAGCUGCUGGAGCGUCGAGAGGUGCGGUCACCCUACACAAUGCGUCCCGAGCCGUACCACAUCCCCAAGCUGGUGUUCCGUGGCGCCCACAUGCUCCACGCGCCGCCCUCCAAGUACCACCUCCUCCACAACCUCCUCAACAUCUUCCACCCAGACUACAUCCACUCCUCUCUCUCUACAUCCAACGAGGAAGACCCAGUGAAGUGCUUCUCCUUCCUGCGUUUUGUGGCCCUCAGUCCCCACCAGAUGUCACAGGUCAUGUUUGGCGGCCUCCUGCCCAGAGUGAUGCUUCUGGUGGCGGCAAUGCAGUACGCCCACAUCCUGUACCUGCGCCACACCUUCAGCCAGCGGGAGGACCAGGCGGGGACUUCUGAGGGGAAAGGACGCACCAAGAAGGAGCUGCUACUGUUACCCUGCGUCACCCCCCUCAGCCGGCCAGCCAUCAACAGCAGUCAAGUUCUGCAGGAGCUUGUGUUUGCCUCUUACACUUCCCCAGUCUACACCUUCACUGACCACGUCCUGCAUCAUGUUCCAGAGACACUCAAUCAUCGGAUAAUGAGGUCAAAAAAGGCAAGGAAACCAAAUAUUGAAGUCCUCUCAGAAACACCAGCCGACUCGGAAUCAAACUCUGACCCUUCUGUGACCCGAGAUGACCAGCUGACCUCCCAGACCAUCCCCAAUGACCCCAGGCAGUCCCCAAGAGCAUCCACCACCACCACCACCACUGCCUCCUCCCCGCAGAAGACUGGCAGUUUGACCUCAAAAUCUGGAGGGUCACAGAGGUCAGGUGGAUCAAAGUCACAUAGAAAAUCCGGGUCAUCUUCCAAGCAUGGAUCACGCAGGAAUGCUGAGAAGAAGGAGUCAGCACUGCAGGAUGGGGAGGAGGGGAAAGGAGUGGGGGAGGAUGUGCCCCUUUUACCUGAGAUCCCUCACAUCGUGCGUCCCCCCUUGCUGCUCACCUGCCGACCCACCGCCCUGCCUACCUUCCUGCUGCACACCUGCCCCAGGGCACAGUGCUUAGAGAAGGAGCUGGUCUGCCACGACCGCACCGCUGCCUGGUGGAGGAUGCGACAGGCACACUUCGACCAACCGCUGGCUAAAACUUACAUCCUGCAUGGCUCUGAGGAGCUGGAGAAGGAGUGGGUGGAGCGGAGGUGGAGGUUCUGUGGAGUGAGCAGUGGAGGAGGAAUGCGCGCCUCUUAUCCACGUCUGGGCUGGAGCCACAUACUCAUACCUGACAAGCAUUCGUUGAUAAUGGACGCAGGGAAGCUGUAUGUUCUGGACACCCUACUCUCACAACUCAAGUCUGGUGGACACAGGGUGCUGAUCUACUCCCAGAUGACAAAGAUGAUUGACUUGUUAGAGGAGUACAUGUGGCACCGGAAGCACAAGUUUAUGAGGCUGGACGGCUCCUCCAAGAUUUCAGACAGGAGGGAUAUGGUGGCCGACUUCCAGACCAGAGCGGAUAUAUUUGUGUUCCUCCUAUCCACACGAGCCGGCGGUGUGGGUAUCAACUUGACGGCUGCUGAUACGGUGAUCUUCUACGACUCAGACUGGAACCCAACAGUGGACCAGCAGGCAAUGGACCGUGCUCACCGCCUGGGCCAGACCAAGCAGGUGACGGUGUACAGGCUGGUGUGCAAGGCGACUAUAGAGGAAAGGAUACUGCAAAGGGCUAGGGAGAAGAGCGAGAUCCAACGCAUGGUGAUUAGUGGCGGGAACUUCAAACCAGAUACACUCAAGCCUAAGGAAGUGGUGUCGCUGCUCCUGGAUGAUGAUAUUGAGAGACAGUAUAGAGCAUUGCAGGAGGAAAGGAGAAUUCUGGAGGAGCACAAGAUGGAGGUCAACAGAGAGAAGAUGAGGGAGAGGAUGAGGAAGAGAUACGCUGAGAAGAAACUGGAAAAGGAAUUGGAGGAGAAGAGAAGAAGACUGGAGGAAGGAAUGGAAGGAGGAGGAGGAGGAGGAGGAGGAGGCGGAGGUGGAGGUGGAGACAGUACCCCCUUCAACUCCAUGCCAGCAUCUCCCGCUCAGAGUGAGGUGUCCGUGGCCACUAGUCUUCUUCUGGACGAGGCGAGCAAUGACGGAUCGCUCAUAGUGGAUGUGGAGUCCCCCGCCCCCCCACAGCCCCAUAGUUCUGGAGGUGGCGGCACGGGCGUGGCGGUCAGCGGCGGCGGCGGCGGCGGCAGCGGCGGUGGUGGUGGUGGUGGUGGUGGUGGUGGCGGUGGCGGCAGUGGCGGCGGCGGCAGUGGCGGCGGCGCUGGCGGCGGCAUGACCUCUGCUGCUCCAAUACGAGGUCAAAGAAAACGGGGUCGGCCGAAGGGGUCAACUCUACGAGGGCGCCUAUCGAGGGUGUCUGAGGGCGUGGGGGGGCAGGCGGGGGCGUCCUCCUCCUCCUCCUCCUCCACCACCUCUUCCACAUCCUCCACCUCCUCCGCCAACCUCCACGGCGCCACUGCGGGGGGCUCUCCAGGCGGCAGCAGCGGCAGUCCAGGCGGGGGCGGGGGGAGCGGCGCCCCUGUCAAGCGAGGCAGGGGACGCCCACGCCUUCUUCCCCUUGGUCCGGGCCAUCAGGGGAGCCGCGCCCCCCCUGCUCUUCCCCUUGCGCUGGGCACCACACUUAACACGCCCAAGAGUGAUGAUAACACACAGAAGCCCUUUGGUUUUUACACGUGAGAUAGCUCUAACUGGCUCUAUUUGCUUUAAUCCUCUUUCUCUCUCUCUUUCUUUAAUUUUCUUUAUUUUCUCUAAUUGUGUUUAAUUUUUUUUUCUCUAGAUUGGUGGUAAUUAUUCUCUCUCUCUCUCUCUCUCUCUCUCUCUCUCUCUCUCUCUCUCUCUCUCUCUCUCUCUCUCUCUCUCUCUCUCUCUCUCUCUCUCUCUCUCUCUCCUUUUUUCUUUAAUCCGUUUUAGUUUAUACUCGUGAAAUAGCUCUAAUCUUUAUUAUCUUAAGCUCUAGCUUGUGAAAUAUUCUAAACCUGCACCCUCUCUCUCUCUCUCUCUCUCUCUCUCUCUCUCUCUCUCUCUCUCUCUCUCUCUCUCUCUCUCUCUCUCUCU